ACUUUUGCCAACGACAGUACAGUAGAGUUAUUUCAGCCGCUGAAACGUAAAGAACGUGAGCACGUAUUAACCGAGAGGGUUUUCAACUCGCUAAAGCUUGACAUACCGCCGUGUAUUCUUAGGGUCUUUUUUUAUCUACAGUUUUAUAUAGUACAAAAAAAAAAUAACAAUUUGUACUUAUAGAUUCAACGAUCAAUUUAGGUGUUUUGUUGCCGUAUUUUCAAUUUCCUCAAUAGGCGGUUUAGUUUUAUAGUUCAAUACAAAACGCGUUAACAUAUCGAUUAUUUUAAAUUUAAUUUAAAAACGUUUGUUUUUUUGUUGCUAAAAAGUUUAUUAGAAUAAUGAAAAGUUUUGCAAUAGAAUGAAAUGAAAAAACAAUAACAAAUAAUUGUGUAUUAUUAAAACUGAAUAAAUAAAAUUGUGGAUUACUCACUCAUAGAACAAAUUUAUUAGAAUUGCAAGCUCAAUUUUAAAAUUAUUAACAAAAUAACAAUAACAAAUCUCUACAACUAUAUAAAUAAUUAUUAAUUGGAUAAAAAUAAUUAACUCCGACAACCACCACAUAAACAACAAAACAAAAAACAGCCAACCAACCUUAAUUCUGGAUUUAAAUGCUAAUACUUUAUACAAAAACUAAAAUUUUUAACAAAUUUCAAGUAUUUUGUAUAAAACUAAACAACAUCAUCUAACGGAACAUAUCGUUUGUUCACUACAGUUUCUUAAUGGAAUUACUAUCAAAUCAAGCAAUAAAAAUCAAUCAAACUGUUGUCUAAAUUAUUAAUUACACACAAUACCAAUAUCAAACAAAAUAAUAUAACAAUAACAAAUGAACAGUUGAAAAAAUACAACAACAACAACAGCAACAAUAUAAAAUCAAUGCAAAUUUAACAAUAAAUCAAUUAAACUACAAGCAAAUUGUGAUAUUAAAUAUUAAUAAAAUUUAAAAAUAAACAUAAAAAACAACAAUUACACUAAGUAGUAGUAAUAAAUAGUUUAAUACGCGAAAGGACUCUAGGGCUAGAUUCUAAAGGGCCCACCAUAUGUUUUUAUACGGAUGAUUGCAAAAUUUUGUUUUUGUUUUAAAUUCAAUUUAAUUUAAAUUGUAACGGUUGCUUAAAACAAUUCUCUCACGUUUUAAAAUAUCAUACAAAAGGUAACCAGUAAAAAAAACCCUUAAAAUUACACACAUUCUAACAAAACCAGGAAAUACUUACACACAUUAAAUACAAUUCAAACUACAUACAAACCAUAGUUUAAAGAAGAUCGAGAGCAAAACAAAUAGUUGAAACAGUUCAAGCAACCAACCAACAACCCAACAGAUCAAAAGCAACAUUUAUUAUUUAGUUUAAAAUGGGAAACACAUCGUCACACACGCAUGAACCUUUAGAAAGAGGCUUCACACGAGGAAAAUUUGGUGAUGUUAAAAAUGGGAAAUCCGCUUCAUUCCGUUUUAGUAAAAAGUCUCCCAAAAAAAUGGAUCGUUUGCGACGAUCCUUUCGUGAUUCGUUUAGACGCCGAAAGGAUCGUGUUCCCGAGUCAUCGAAACCUCAUCAAUGGCAGGCGGAUGAAGAGGCUGUACGCACGGCCACCUGUUCAUUUUCGGUUAAAUAUUUAGGUUGCGUUGAGGUUUUCGAAUCGCGUGGUAUGCAGGUUUGCGAGGAGGCCCUCAAAGUUUUGCGGAACUCUCGUCGUCGUCCGGUAAGAGGUCUUUUACAUGUUAGUGGUGAUGGUUUGCGCGUGGUAGACGACGAAACCAAGGGCCUAAUAGUGGAUCAGACCAUUGAAAAGGUCAGUUUCUGUGCGCCAGAUCGUAAUCAUGAACGUGGCUUUAGUUAUAUCUGUCGUGAUGGCACCACUAGACGUUGGAUGUGUCAUGGUUUUUUAGCUUGCAAGGAUUCCGGAGAACGUUUGUCACAUGCUGUAGGUUGUGCCUUUGCGGUGUGUUUGGAGCGUAAGCAGAGACGUGAUAAAGAAUGUGGUGUUACUAUGACUUUUGAUACCAAGAAUAAUACAUUCACACGUACCGGCUCCUUCCGUCAGCAGACAAUGACCGAACGUUUUGCCAACAACGAAAGGGGCAUUGAUACGCCCUCGGCUGCCAUAACACCACAGCCGAAACCUUUUAAUCCCUUUGCCAUUGAACGGCCUCAUGCUACACCUUCCAUGCUAGAGCGUCAAGGUUCCUUCAGGGCCUUUAGCACAAUUGGUAGUCAGUCACCUUUUAAGCGUCAGAUGUCAUUGCGCAUUAAUGAUCUUCCGUCCAAUGCAGAGCGUCAAAAGGCCUUUAUGGCGGCAGCCACGGGCAAUGCUUUGGCUUUAAAUACACCCAAUCGUAGUGUGUCACCCAUACCAGAGGUGUCACCCGCUAAAGCCGGUUUGGAGUUGGAAAAUGGCGGUAUAGCCACCGCCGAAACGGUAAGCCAGUUGUGUCAAGAGCUCAGCCAGGGUUUGACUUUGCUUUCGCAAACCGAUGCAAUGCUGGCAGCAUCGCCCAAUGGUGCUACCGAUGAUCUCAAUUUCAAUAAUAAUUUGAGCAUUAAUCAGAAUAUUAUAGCUGCAGAAAAACACUAUCAAAAAGUAAUCUCCUCACCCACCAGCAUCUCCAGUUAUGGUGUGGUGACACCCACGGCCCAAGUUACGCCACGUAUUGCCUCGGUAUCGCCGGCUAUACUCAAUACACCUCCUCAGACGCCUAGUAAUACACCCACACUACCCACGAGUAGCGAAAAGUUAACGCUCAAGGAAGCCACACUGCCGAAAGCCGAUCAAUGGUUGGGUCAGGUUGUUAAGAGUACCUCACCGGCGGCCCUCAAACGAGCUCCUCAACUGGUCAACGCUGGACGCACACAAUCGAUGAGCUCAGUACCCGGAACAAAUGAUCCCUUCGAUGCCGAAUGGGUAGCGGGUGUCACUAAGCCAUUGUCACCCGAAUUGCCGGCAAUAACGGGAGGUAUUGCUACACCCACCACGCCAGCCAAUACCACAACGCCGCUACACAGUACUAAUCCCUUUAUAUCGCCACCUAAAGCUCCAGCGCAAUCAUUCCAAGUGCAACUCUAAGAUGAUAUGGGGGAAAGAGAAAGCACAUUAAAUAAUUAAGUAGACUAGUAAAAAGGGAACUAAAAUGCAUGCUGCAAGAAAAAAAGGGGGAAAGUGAAGUGUUGGACACGGCCACUUUAAAAACUCAAAACUUUUUUGUUAAGCGUUAAUAAAAUAAAUAAAUUUUAAAAACUAAACAACACCACCUACCAAGUGGAAAGCCGCUUAAAAAACAAUCUACUAAACAACAUUGAAAUAAAUGGCUGGCAAUCUUGUUACUUAAUUAAACGCUAAAUUGAUGUUACUUACAUAUUACAUUUAUAAACAAAUAUAAGAAAAAAAAAAAACAAAAAAACAUUUAACUAAAACACAACAUAAAACUGAUUUAAGUUGUUCUAUAUAUAAUUUAAAAAAAAAUAUGUUAGAAAUUAUUUAGAAAAGAGAU